AUGGACGAGCAUCGACGGGGAGACGACGAUAACGAAUUCGCCCUCCGCGAAUUCUUCUCAGUCGACUUAAGAGCCCUGUGCACGUGGAGGAAUGCUUUGCGCUUUGUGGCGACCGUGUUCACGGUUUUCGCCAUUCGACGUUUCGGCACCUUGGCAGGAAUCCUGAUUGGCUUUUUCCUGAUUCUGUGGAAUCUGAGAUACAACGGAACUGGAGACGGGAUAAGUGCAUAUUCGGUCUUUAAUAGAGGCGUCCGACAUUUGCUUGGGGAUCUUCGUCCUGCUGACAUCGACAGACAGCUGCGCAAUGCUGGCCCGGAUGGCGACGAAUCAGAUGAUGACAUCCUGGUGUUGAACGGUCCGCGGGUUGCUGGAGUCCACCGGUCUCGUGAUGCGAACAAGAGGUGCCCGUGCGGCAGUGGAAAGAAGAUCAAGAGAUGCUGUGGAAGAGACUAACAAGAUCUGGAUUUUUUAACAAUAAUGCAGCACGCUACCCUUACGACCAUAUUAUCCAGCGGAACAUCCCGGGGCUGCUGGGGGAACUGAAUACACGUACCACCAAGCCGCUGCGCUGGCAUGAGGUUGCAACACGCCCCGAUGAUACAGUAUCUGGCCUGAUUCGUAUACUGACAUGUUUGAUUCAACGGUAACAUCAUAAACCAGUCAGUACUAUUCCUUCUGUCACGGUGCACGAUAUACUCGGUGGAUUUCGAAGGAGCAGUGUAUCUGGUGAUAGGUUCGUAAGUCUUCUUCGGACUGACUCGGGACACGGCGGCUGUUUUUCCGCGAUUACGCGUCAAUGAGAAGUGUUGCUGGGAUGCUGCUUCAUUCUGGUUGU